AUGGCGCAAGCUACCGCGUUAGAGACGCCAGCGGGCAUUGUAAGAAUUAACCCGGUCAAAGUAGACUCCGCGACGGAUACAGUCAUUCGACCCAUUAUACCAAGCGUCAUCGGGCGUCCGGACAUGUAUGAAGCUGACGGGAUGGACGUACGAGUUAGCAAUGUAACCGCCGCUGCCGGGUCGCAGUCUUCUCCGUCAUCCUCGUCGCCGUCGUCGUCGUGCGACUUGGACGACGGCGCGUGGGAAGAGGAUUCGUCGUGGCCGCUGUACGAAACGGACGCGUGUCCUCUCGCGCGCGAAACCAGCAAGUGUAGCAAAUACGGCCGGCCGGAUAAAGGCUUCGCUAAACUUCGCUGGAAGCUUCGCGAAACUGUCUUGCCGCGGCGUGGUAACGAAGAACCGGAUAAUUUUUCGCAAACGAGUUCGUGCGAAGGCGGCAUUCCGAAGGUGACGCGGGCGAAUUUGUGCAAACGUGUGGCGAAUCGUCGCAUCGCGUUUAUUGGCGACUCGCUGAGCCAGAACAUGUUCGAAUCCCUAGCCUGCAUGACGUACGCGUUUGAAGGCAUGCCAGAGGUGAAGCUGAACUCGUUAAGAGACCGGAUCUUCUUUUGGCCGAAAUGCAACUUCACUCUCGGAAUCCUCUUCCACCAGUUCUUGUCCCACGUGGCAUGGAACAAGAGAUACGUGUCAGAUGGGGGAACCAUCCACGUGGACCAACCAGCCAAGGGGUGGAUGGACCAAUCUGCAAACUUUGAUGUAUUUGUUAUUAACUCGGGGCUCUGGUGGACCACCUCUCAGCUCGGCUUCUAUAACAUCACUCUCGCCCCUCCGUACAGUCAAACCGACAUACUCACUUCCUACCGCACUGCUCUCAACUCCACCCUGGCCGCUUUCCUGGAGCAACCCUUCACAGGCAAGCAUGUGAUAGUGACGACAACGAUGCCUUCGCAUAAAGGCGCGAACCAGUCCUGCCCAUCCACUCGACCGAUUUCUUCCGAAGAUUUGGAUGGAUUGGGUCAUGCCAGAGCCCCGCCUAUUCUGGAACGAAAUGUGAUACUAACGGAGGUGGUGGAGCACUCUAUAGCGGAGCAACUGAGGCGAUCUGGAGUUGCUGGAAGCACAGUCACAACAAAGAAGCAGCUGCAGCAGCAGAAAGAUAUGGUUGGAGCACGCAUCUCCCUUUUAGACAUGCACAACUUGACUCUAACGAGACAAGAUGGGCACCCUGGGGUGUACACUCCAGGGAGUCACCCUGAUUGCAUACACUACUGCUUGCCAGGGGUCCCAGACUCCUGGAAUGAGCUGCUGCUUUGGAGGUUGGAGGUGUGA